UUAAUAUUUGCAAUAGUAGAGUUGAGGUUGAGGUUGAUAGUGGUGAGUAGAAGUUGCAUUGCAGCAAAGCAAAGGGCAAAGAAGAAAGUAGAAAGAAAGAAUGAAUUGGUUGGGUCACGAAUUACCUUUGUUCGACCACAAUUUCAAUUUCAAUUUCAAUCUCGACAAUCCUUACACUUACGACCACGAUCUCUUUCCAAACGACACCGUUCUGGCCCCAACCACCAAUCAUGCCCGCCACCACGACGGAACCUCCCCUCUCCCACUCGGCAUGGAUUGGAGCCUUCCUCCGCGCAAUUGGGAAGGACGCAACACCGUUUGGCCACGUCAUCCUCCCAACGGUUGGAGCUUCUGCGUCACGCUUCCUUCGUGGCUCACCGUUCCACAACCCUCACCUUCCGAUCCCGUUAUCUAUUUUAGGGUUCAACUCGGUGUACAAUCCCCCGAAGCAAUCACCACUACUCGAAUGAUAUUACGCAGAUUUAGUGAUUUCUUGAACCUCUUUGCUGAACUGAAGAAAGAAUUUGCCGCGAAAAAUCUGCCGCCGCCUCCACCAAAAAAGAUGAUGAGAAUUAAAAGCCACACUGUUUUGGAAGAGCGACGGCUUUUGUUAGCGGAUUGGAUGGAAAAGUUGUUGUCGGACAUUGAUGUAUCAAGAAGUGCCCCGGUGGCCAUGUUUCUCGAGCUAGAAGCUGCUGCUAGAUCAUCAUUCCAUAGUGUGAAUGAGCAUAUUUCGGAUGAAGCUACAACAGCUUCACAAGUGUUCCGAGAGUACUCGUCUGGUUCUGUAACUGCUCAUAGUUCAUCCGCUGCAUCUGUUUUUGGUAAUGAUGAAGUUUCUGAGCUGGGAGCUCUGCAACAUGAAAAGGAUAAGCGUUCUGAUCAAAUCAGGGAUAGUUCAACAUCAGAACAUGACUUAAUUAAUGCAACUGAAACAGCUGCUGAUCAUGCCACAUCUAGUGAAGACUUUGUUUAUAACAAUGAUAGUACAGACAAAGUUACCGAGUAUGCUGCUGAUGCUAUAACGCUUCACCUGGAUGGAACUGAGUUUACACCUGCAAUGCGAGAUUAUAAAUUGAAUGCUCAUGUGAAGAGACUGUCAACAGAAAGCAUUGGAAGUGACACAAGUAAUUUAAGGCAUACUGAAACAUCAAAUUUAACUAUGACCACUUUGGUUCAAGAUGCUUCACAUGACUUUACUGGGAGACAUGAACACUCUGGAAGCACAGAUUUAUUGUUGACUUUUCAAUUGGAUGAGCGGCACAAGUUGAACAAAAUUCUCAAUGCCCAGAAACAGAGACUGGCCACUGCAAAAGCAGAUGUUGAAGAUCUUGUAGCUAGAUUGAAUCAAGAAAUGGCUGCAAGACAAUAUCUUGUGACAAAGGUCAAGGAUUUAGAAGUUGAACUUGAAACAACUCGACUGAACUGCCGAGAAAACAUGCAGCAGGCUGUUUUAACUGAAAAGGAAAGAUUUACACAAAUGCAGUGGGAUAUAGAGGAACUUCGGAGGAACUGCCUGGAGACAGAAAUGAAAUUGAAGUUAGAAGAGGAUGAAAGGCUGCUAGCAGAAUCUACAAAAGCAUCUGUCAUUCAGGAGAAGCAAAUGUUGCAGCAAGAGCUAGAUGUAACUAGAGAACAACUUAAGCACUUGCAGAAACAUCAUGAUGAGUUUGAGAUGAAAUCAAAGACAGAUUUGAAGGUUCUGAUAAAGGAGGUAAAAUCCCUUAGAAGUUCUGAGAAAGAACUGAAGCAGCAGCUUAGUGAAUUGAUGAAGGAGAAGUUAGAUUUGGAGAGAGUUUUUCAGAAGGAAAAGCAAAGAAUGGAAAUUUCACAUAAUGCUAAUGCAAAGUUGCUGCAUGAGUGUGCAAUCCUUCAGAAGAGGCUUCGGGAGUGCAGUGUAAAUUUCCUUGUUGAAGAGGAAGAUAAGCUAAAUAUCGACACUUUACCAUCUGAUGCUUUGGAUUUAUUAGCAACAUCAGAUAAUCGGAUUGGUCUCUUGCUUGCAGAGGCACAGCUCUUAGCACAAGAUGUAGAGAAUGCUGUUGUUGCUGUGGAAGAGACCCGUGAUGUAAGUAAAGACAAUACUGGGAAAACUUAUGAUGAACUGAGGAAGAUGCUGGCGCAUAUGUUUGUAGACAAUGCCAGUUUAAGGAAACAAAUCAAUGCCGUUCUUCGUUGUGCUCUAAAUGCAAAUAUCAAUUCUGAAGAGGAAGGGGAAGGCGAAGAAAUUCAUUUGCAAAAAACCGUUCUAAGCAAGUUUUUAGAAAGAUAGCAUAUAGCAUGUUCUAUACUAGUUACUUGUCUGUUAAUAUAGUCUAUAAUUUUUUGACCUGUUUGGUAUCACUGCGCGAAUCGCAUUCUUUCCGAGCUGAUAAUCACAUUUAGUAAACCAAUAAUUAGAAAGUGCCCUGCUUGUGCUUUUAAGCUGA